AGAGAGAGAGAGAGAGAGAGAGAACGCUGAAAAAGAAAUAUGUCACUCAAUAUUGGCAAAUCUUUUUAUUGCAGCGACCCUCUUGUAUAGCCUGGCCAAGAUUAACUCACAGCUGACGAAUACAAACACACAACUGGAGGGGUUGAAGAUUGACAGUGAGGCCCUGAAGAAAGACAAUGAGGUUCUGAAGCAAGACAAUGAGGGCCUGAAGACAGUGCUGGACAGUGUCUUAGUGGAACUGUCUAGCAUCAAGGGAAUUAUGAACUCUACACUUGCAGUUGACCACAACAAGGUAUUGCAAAUGUGUGUCUGUGUAUGUGUUUUCUGGUGUAUCUGUGUAUUUGUGUCUGCGUGCGUGCGUGAGUCUGUGAUUGUAUCUAAAAAUGGAAGCUUGUGUUACCGAGGAAUGCCGCACAAAAGUCCCAGGGAGAAGUUUGUUCUGCCAGGGAACAUCCAGGCGCUGUGUGACACCGAGUCUGAUGGUGGAGGUUGGAUAGUGCUUCAGAGACGUGUGCGAGGAGAUGUAGACUUCUAUAAAGGCUGGGCUGAUUACAAGAGAGGGUUUGGAACCCCAGACACCGACUUCUGGAUUGGAAACGACAAUAUUCACGACCUCACCUCACAGGGCUACAACGAAUUCCGUGUCGACUUUGUCCACUCCAACUCCGAGUACUUUGCUCAAUACACCAACUUCACCGUUGGCGAUGAGUUAUCUGGAUAUCUCAUCAGGAUUGGUGGAUAUUCCGGAAACGUUUUCGACGCCAUGAAUUAUCAUAACGGCUACAAAUUCAGCACUUUUGACAGGGACAAUGAUCUAAGCGGCAGCAGCUGUGCCGUGCUGUUCCACGGAGCAUGGUGGUACAAUGCGUGCCAGUACUCCAAUCUGAACGGGGCGUGGGCAGUUGCUGGUACCACGGGCAUUUCUUGGCGUUUUUCAGUCAAUGAUUCCUUAAUGAACUUGUCAUUUACUGAGAUUAAGGUCAGGUAUAAUAAGAGGUGA